UUUACUUGCGUCGGGGUGCUGCAGAGGGGGUUUCUGGGCUGUGGAACUCAGAAAGCUCUGCAAAUAUGGCGGUUCGUCCAAUUAAGAUUUUGUGUCUAUUUCCCUCCAUAUUCUUACUUAUUUUCACUGUCUGCGAAGUCGCCUCCCUUGCUCGACCAACUAAUCACGUGUUGAUCGACGAAUUGCUGCAAAUCGAGCUCAGGAUCUCUCACUUAGAAUCCGUACUGGAGGAAAGCAAGCAAAAUUUAACUGAGAAAAUCAAUAAACUCGAGGAGCAGGAGAGGUUAAUCGAGGCUAUGUCUUAUAAGAUUCAAUACUUGGAGUCUGCUCUUACCGAUAUGAAGAGGAAAACAUCAAGUGAUGGUGAAAGGAUUGCUGCUCUGGAGGAUGAGGUACGACUUAUCUGGGCUGCAUCAAGAAAGAACAACUUUGAUAUUCAUAUUCUGAAAGCCAGAGUAGAGGAUGCAGAGGAAAAACUGGAAGAGGUUGCCUCACAAGUUGAGAAGAUGUCUGGCAUAGUAUCUGAACAAUGGAUUCAAAUUCGGCAUCUGGAGCAGGCUCUUGAAAUGACAAAAAUAAGAGCUGUGAAGGUUCAUCGGCAAGUUGCCCUCGCUCGAUGUACUUUUCUGAAGUUGGUCAACACACGUUUUGUCUAUCAACUUCAGAAGGACCUUCAGACGUUGAACCAUCGUUUGUUCAGCAAACUGCCUACCUUGCGUUCCAUGGUUACAGGAGCCAUCCAUCACUGCGAAAGAGCCUAUAAAGAAGCUAAAAAGUAUCAUCAUGAGUUACAAAGACUGAUUAAACAAGAAAUGGAAAGAAAUGAAUAUGCAGCAUUUCUUGCCAACAGGGAAUUUGUUUUCUUUCUGGUAAAGGGCUAUCCUCAAGAGAAGAGGGCGAGGGUUAUAUGUCAGCACCCAGUUUUCCCCACCAUCCUAUACUUUUGCUUGGAUUGCAGAUAAAUUUUCCAUUCUGGGAUAUGAAUUUCUUCAAGAACUAGUCUAGACAUAGGUUGCAAACUUUUAGAAUUCGAGUGAAAAUAUUCAUAUUUUGUGUAAAAUGUCCGAGAUAUAUUUAUUGCCUGACAGGCUGACACUUUAUUUUAAACAUUUUACAUGAAAAAGAAAAUGCUGAUAUUCCAAAAC